AUGUUCAAUGCUUGGGAUUGCCGGGAGCGGCCCCCAGAGGAAGGAGCAGCUGCAGGGCUCCAGGGCUUCGGUGUGGACAAGAACUUCCUGUCUUCCCUCAAAGGCAUCCUGCUGGAAACUGAGCUGGCCCUGACCUUCAUCAUCUUCAUUUGCUUCACGGCCUCCAUCUCGGCCUACAUGGCGGCAGCGUUGCUGGAGUUCUUCAUCACGCUCGCCUUCCUCUUCCUCUACGCCACCCAGUACUACCAGCGCUUCGAUAGACUUAACUGGCCUUGUCUGGACUUCCUCCGCUGCGUCAGCGCCAUCAUCAUCUUUCUGGUGGUCUCCUUUGCUGCUGUGACCUCGAGGGAGGGGGCUGCCAUUGCUGCUUUUGUUUUUGGCAUAAUCUUGGUUUCUGUGUUUGCCUAUGAUGCAUUCAAGAUCUACCGAACUGAGCUGAUGCCUAGGACAACCGAGGGUGAGUGUCUAUGCCCGGCAAGAGGAGAUGCUGCUAUCUCUGCCCCAGAUACUGUAGUCAUAUAUGGCUUCCCUGCCUGGCUACAUCUCCACAGGGGCCCAGCAGUGAUUCCAGGGUUACCUGGCUCGCACGACCAGACACAGGAACCACGGAGCUCAGACUCGUCAUCUUUGGAUUCACUGAACCUCCCAAGUGCCCAUCAUCUACUCUAUGUCUAUAGAGACGUGUGCUUGAGGAGUCCCAGGGGACCUGUGGAAAGUGACGGAGUUGUGGGGCUGGAGUAG